ACCCUCGCCUUCAAUCUUUCAUUUCUGAUCUUUCUUCUUCUUUUUCUCUUCAUCAUAUUUGCGAGAGUUGGAUUCUUCUUCUUCUUCAUCUUCAUCUUCAUCUCGUUGUUUCUUCGUUAGAUUCGGGAGAGAGAAUCAUCUUAGCAUCAACUCAAGGUUUGGUCUUUUGGUUUGCUCCUCAUUCUUUUCGUUACCCACUCAAAUCUUCUCACGAAAGAUUACACGUCCGAUCAGAAAUUCUCCGUCUCCACCUACAACAAUGCCGGCGUGGCAAGACAAAUUUUGUGGUGAAAUGGCAUGCAAGAAGAUCAGAGAGUACGAUUCGAAGAGAUUGUUGAAGGAGCAUUUCAAGAGGCUCUUUGGCCGUGAAUUGCCGAUCAAAUCCGCUCAGAUUACCGAAUCAACCGAUCUCAAUGAAUUAGCAAACAAUAAGCCUUGGCUUUCGUCUUCCAAACUGGUUGUUAAACCCGACAUGUUGUUUGGAAAGCGUAGAAAGAGCAGCUUGGUUGCUUUGAAUAUGGACUACGCUCAAGUUGCCACUUUUGUCAAGGAGUGACUUGGCAAAGAGGAGGUAGAUUCGUGGGGGACUGAAACGGGCUGAAUUGGCUGCGAAACUGAUGUGGUUUCUUUUGAAGACGCCCUUGUUAUAGGAGGUAAGUACAACUGAGGUUGAUCAUCGUUAAAAGUUAUUAAAAUAACUUUGUAGAUAAAAGCACAUCGAGUACGAAAUUGUAUGACAGACAACAUAAGCAGUACAGACAAAGAGAAGAAAGAUAAGAAGACAUUUGUAAGCAUGACCGAAACCAAUUCGAGAAGAGUGACCGACGAAAUAUUUGAGAACAA